AUGACCACCACAACAGGAAGAUCCAUGCAGCUCACCCAGCAACAAGCGGACGUCCUCAAGAAAGGCUGCCAUGAUCUGAUUGCGGGAUACGACACGUCUUACGGCUAUGUUCCCACCUUUGGCGCCGGAAUUGCAUUCUGCAUCCUCUUCCUGCUCAGCACUUCCGCCCAUGUUUUUCAGUUUGCAAGGGUGCGAAGAUGGACUUCGCUGACUUUCGCUCUUGGGGCUAUGACUGAGUUGAUAGGCUGGGCUGGCCGUACUUGGUCGAGCAAAUGCCCAUAUAACGGCGAUGCAUUUCUCAUGCAGAUUACUACGCUCAUUAUCGCGCCAACCUUCUUCACAGCAGGGCUCUAUGUCAUCCUUGGCACUCUUAUAAACAGACUGGGCCGCAGCUCUUCGCUUCUGGGGCCGAAAAUGUAUGCCGUUGUCUUUCUGACAGCUGACAUCGUCGCGCUUGUUAUCCAGGCUAUCGGUGGAGCGUUGGCUUCUACCGAAGCUGACAAGAUCAACGGGGACACGGAAACGGGAACUAACAUAAUGGUUGCCGGUAUUGUGUUCCAGAUGGCAGCUAUGGUUGUCUUUACCGGCUUGGUUAUAGACUUCAUGAGAAGGGUGUUCAUAAAGAAAACCUACCUUUCAUAUGGUAAGGCUGGACUGGAACCACCCAACAGCCUGCCAGUGACAUAUGCCUGGCUGCUGGUGGCAGUCUGUGUUUCCCUGGCCAUGAUUUUCAUCAGAAGCAUAUACCGUACAGUUGAGCUCGCGCAGGGUUGGGAGGGAUAUUUGAUUACCCAUGAAGGUUAUUUUAUCGGCUUGGAUGCUUGUCUUAUGAUUGUCGCUGUUGGAAUCUUUAAUUUUCUCGACCCAGUGUUUCUCCUUCCAGAUAAAGACAUCCGUGAAGGGGUCUUUGCGGGUGAGCACGAGAUGAGCGACCUAACCUAUGAGUAG